AUGGCGCCAGUACCUCCACUCUCUAUGGGGGUGUUUCACGGCGUCUUCGCGCUGCAGUCGACGCCAGCACUUCAAUCUGCUGCCGCACAGCCUCAGGUUGUGUUGCCGCAACCUGCCGCACCCUCCAUAUCUCUGCAGCUUGCCACUGCUCAGCCUGAGAUUACCGCCACACAGCCUGUCAUACAACCCACAGCUCAACCCGAGGGCAUCAUUGCGCAGCUUGAGUCCACUGUUGUGCAACUAACCAUCACGUUCAUGCAGCCCACUGUCAUUGUCACGUCGCCGGCACUUGUGUUACACGGUGCACCUUCGGCUUUCACAUUUGUUCCUACCAUUGUCACUAAUCCGGCCACUGUUCAAGCUCUGGUUCCGACUGCAGCAACGACACGUACACACGCGACGGCGUUUGGCAAUGAUGGUGCCAGUGCAUUAGCACUCACUAAGCGAAAGCGUUGA